ACUCAAGAGCAAACACGCAGAAAAAUACCUAAGGGAAGGAACCAACUUAGUCUGAACUUAUGGCAUCUCUAAUUCUUAACCCUGAAGCACUUUCCUCGCUAAAGACACAACAGUACCAUUUUCCUCCGCAAACUUCAUCAUCAGCCACCUUCAACAAUAAUACCACCAGAAAACACCAUUGUCAGCCAACCGCUGGCAUCCAGCCACAUAGAAAAACCAAGAGAUGAACAAAUUCAAUAUCCAUUCCUUGGCAUACUAAGAGAUCGGAGGAAAUGGCCCAAAAGCUUUUAUUUUCUAAGGUCCCGUUGGAGGUGGAAGCUUGGAAUCGCACCUGAGUCGUAAAGUCACUAGCGCUUAGUGGCAUUCGACUUGGCACUUGAAAGGGAUCCCCUACAGAAGGACUUGUUCUAAUUCCUGACGCAGCCACAUCAACUGCUCCUUGGUUUCUUAAAAAGGAGAUGUUUCCAAAGCCCAACGGCUACCAUAAAAAAACUCAGCAACUGCCGGGAAUUCUGUUACUUCCUUUUUUAGCACCUGACUUCCAAAAAUAACUCACUCUACUAUGGAAAGUUGCAUAUCCUCAUGCCUAAAAAUCUUUCAUCUCCAAAGAUAUUUAGUUCUACCCGCAUUGAUAUAAAUGUGAAGUUUUCCUUGGUAUGUUAAUAUCGCUUGUUGUGGCUCAGCCUUAGUUUUGCUGUAACCUUUAGCCAAAGAACUUCUCAGUCUUCUUCUUUUCAACAGAAAAGUGAGUUUUUCUAAUCAAUGGGUUCUGGGAGUUUUAUCGCGCUUAUGAUUGACGUGGCUUCUGGGCCACUAUUGUCUCUGAUUUAUCCCCUAUUUUUUACAAUCCAAGCAGUGGAAAAUGGAGCUGCAGCGGACCAUGGUCCUUUGUUGAAAUAUUGGAGUAUUUAUUCGGGUUUGGCACUCAUAGAGUACUUUCUUGAAUUUAUCAUCGAUUGGCUUCCAUGGGAUCUAGUAAUGGCGGUUAUUAACGUGUUUCUAGUUAUACCUCACUUCAACGGAGCGGAGUUGGUAUAUCAGCAAGUGAAGGCAAAAUUUUUAGAAACAAAUCCAAGCUCAUUGCUGUCUGAUUCACCACCAUUUUUGAACAAUCUCUUAAAGGACCAACUCGGCAUCAUGGAAUCUUUAGGGAAGUUCCUCAAUUCAGCACUGCAGAGCAUAACAUCUGUUUUGGGGCGUAGUAGAGAACCAUUGAGUAGAGAACCAUUGAUUCAAUCUAAUGAAUUCAGAUCCAUGCCCGCAAGGCCGAAUACCCACUACCAGAAUCCUCACACUUAUGACGUACCAGAAGAUGAAAAUAGCGGCUCACUAAGGUCUAGGUCCUAUUCCAUGAGAAAUCCUACUGUAAAUUUUGAUUCCAACCAGGACUCACAUGUGGACAACGGCGCUGCUAGGUCUCAAUCCAUGAGGUACCCUAGUUUUAACAGGGAAUCGAGCUCUACGAAUGAUAACUCGCAGUCAAAUGAUGGCAGAACUAGUGGUAGGCUGAAGACUGUGCCAUUGAGAGGUGGUGAUUACCCAGACAGCAAAUUUGCAGAGCCUAAAGCACCAAAAGAACGGGAGAUUAAAUUUCGCAGGUGGGGAAAGUCCAAGAAUAAGCCAUUGGGUAAAAUGGUGAUAUUUUAACAGUGGGUAACAACAUUAUUAACACUUGAUAAACUUGCUGUGUAAAUACACUCGUGAUAUCCACGAACAACUUAGUUGAUUGACGGUCACUACGUGCAAACAGUUUAGUUUUAUUUAUUUUUUAAGCUUUUAUUAUGUCA